GCCCCCCCCCCCCCCCCCCCCGCCAGCCCUGUGGGGCUCUGUGCCUUCGAGGGGGGGUGUCCUUUUAACGAACUGGACUUUGUUAGGACUCGCCCCUCUUGGGGGCUGAGCUCGGCCCAUUUUCCCUCCCCUCGGACAAACUGGCUGGGGCUGCAAAUGGCGUCGCCUGGGACCCCCAGAUCUGCCUUGGGUGCUGGGGUCCCCCCGGCGGGGGCCCUGAGCCCCCUGGCCCUGUGGGAUGGGUGGGGGCUGCAGGGUGGGUGUUUAUUAGGGGGUUGCGAUCUCCCCAGUGCUGGCUCCCUGGGGGGCACCUGAGUCGGACCCCCCCUUUCCCCCCUGCUUGGGGGGCCAGCCCUGCUUUGCAAGCAGUGUCGCUAUAGAGCUGCCCAGCGCUGGGGGCAGCGACCCCCCCAGACACUUCGGGGGUGACGUCAUGCAGUGGUGAUGUCAUGCCCCCCCCACCAGGGGAGCCCAGGUGUGCUGUGCCCCCCCCUUUUUUCUUUCUUUUGUAACUUGUUUUGUAUCUGGUGUCUGGAAAUAAAGGGGAACCGGGAACCGGGCCGAGCCGUGUGUCGGGUGUCUCCGGCUGUGGGACCCCCCCCCAGUCCCUGCAGCACCCCCUGCGUGGACCCCAGGGUGCCGGAUGUGGGGGGAGGGGGGGCGGCAGCAGGCCCUGUGGGGGGGGUGGGGAAGGGGGAGCAGGACAGGCUACUUUCGCUUUCGUUUCAUUUCCGGCUUUGGGGAGCGGGGCGGGGAAGGAGCCCGGAUACUCGAUCUGCCCUCGGUUGAGGGGGUGUGGGGGGGGUCCCUGCUUGGCCCCCCUCCCUCCCCCUUUGUGUCCCCCCAGGAGACGAGACCAUCUCUGGCAUCAUGCGGGUUGGAGCUGCUUGCUGCGGGGGUAGCGGCAGCGCAUAAAGAGGCCGCCGAGCUCUGUGCCGGCCGAGCCGCGUUCUCGCUUCAACAGUGCUUGAACGGAACCGGCCUGCUGCGACCCCGCGGAGCCCGCCGGUGCUGCCACUGGUGCCGCCGCCAGUGCCGGUGCCGCCGCCAUGGAGUCCCGGGUGCGCCAGAACUACCACCGCGACUGCGAGGCCGCUGUCAACCGCGUGGCCAACCUGGAGCUGCACGCUGCCUACGUGUGCCUGAGCAUGGCGCUCUACCUGGAGCGGGACGACGUGGCGCUGCCUCGCGUCGCCUGGCUGCUGCGGGCGCGGGCGCACCAGGAGCGGGAGCGAGCUGAGGAGCUGCUGCGCCUGCAGGCACGCCGGGGCGGGCGGGCGCUGCUGCCCGACGUGCAGAAGCCGCCGCGCGAUGCCUGGGGCUCGGCACUGGAGCUGCUCGAGGCGGCUCUGCAGCUGCAGAGGUCGGUGAACCAGGCGCUGCUGGAGCUGCACGGCCUGGCCACUGCCAAGGGCGACCCACACCUCUGUGACCUCCUGGAGCGCCGCUACCUGCGCGAGCAGGUUGAGGCCAUCAAGAUGCUGGGCGACCACGUCACCACCCUGCGGCACCUGGCAGCCGGUGCUGGGGGGCCGGCGGGGGAUCCGCUGGCACUCGGCGAGUACCUCUUCGACCGCCUGAGCCUGGCGGAGCGCAGCUGAGCACGGCCCCGUGCCCCAGCCCCCCCCAAUAAAGGUGCUGCGCUGCCUCUC